CAAUAAAAAAUCCACGGAUUACAGCGUGCUUAAGCAGCAAAUGCCAACGCAACCUAGCUUUUAUUCUCGUUACGUCUUUGAGCAACUUUUGGCGCAAUGCAAUGUGCAACCCCCAUGGUUGAUGGGGUAUCGUCCGGAAUGUGGAUCAGGGUUCGCCACAUCCGUCGUCGUCGUCCCAUAUGACUGACUGUUCAUGAUAAUAUAAUGUGGAUCGUUCAUGUGUGUUGCUUCACUGCUAGCUAGCGCGCUUGUGCUGUCGUCCUCGAUCGAUCGCCACCUUGUGUUUGUAUCCACCGUGCAUGGGAGAUCAAUGCCAGGUGGCUCUAAGAUGGUACUAUAUGGAUGCUAGCUAGUAGCUAGUAAGCAUGUGUCUGCGCGAGGAGCUGGGCAAUGCAACAGCAUCUAUAUAUCUCCAGCAGGAGCUAGCUAUGUGAUUUGUGAUCUCAUCUAUAUAUGAUCUAUCUAUAUGGCUGAGCUGCAGCCUGCAGUGCAAAUUAAAGCAGUAGCUAGCUAGCAUCUAUCCAUCCCGUGCAGUCCACCCUGACCCGGCCCCUUGGCCGCAGUAUAUAAAGCGGCCGGCACCUGAAGCGUCUCUUGCUAUCAAGUGGGGCUGAGGGAGUGUCCACCACCGAACCGAACAGAGAGAGGGAGAGAGAGAGAGAGAGAGAGAGAGCAUCGGUCGGGCACUAGCUAGCUAGGGAGACAGCGGAGCAGAGUGGCCAUCGCCAUGCCGAAGCUGCAGAGGUUCAGGGGAGUGAGGCAGAGGCACUGGGGCUCCUGGGUCUCCGAGAUCCGCCACCCACUCCUGAAGACGAGGAUCUGGCUGGGCACGUACGAGACGGCGGAGGACGCGGCGCGGGCGUACGACGAGGCGGCGCGGCUGAUGAGCGGGCCCUCGGCGCGCACCAACUUCCCCCUGAGCCUGAGCGGCGGCGGCGGCACCCUCUCCCCGACGCUGCGCGCGAAGCUGGAGAAAUGCUGCACGGCGCUGGCGCAAGAGCCGCAGCACGGCGCGGACGUGUCGCGGGCGGGUGGGGGUCGGGACGACGACAGUAGUAGCCGCGGCGCCCCACGCCCGGACGCCGGCGCCGUGAAAGUCGACCCCGACGCCGACGGCGAGGAUCAGUACAUCGAGGAGAUGAUCAGGGAGCUCACCUACUACGGCCCCGUGGAGAUACAGCACCACCCGUCCGCGUCCUCCGGCGCCGCCGCCGCCGCCGCCUGCUCGAGCUCAGCGAUUAGCUGACUGACUGACGUUCGGCUGGCGGCUAGUCGGUGCAGUCGUGCCGUCGCCAUCUACAGCGUUUGUUUUUGCUAAGCAGGCACAUUUCCUGUUCCUGGGGUGGGAUUCGGAUUGGGCGUGUACAGAGCUGGAAGGGGACCAAAGGAUCUUUCGGGAUAAGGGCUCUUGAUUUGGUGCAUGAUGUUCUGGGCCUUGUCGUUUACCUCCUUUGGUAUCCCAGCGUUAGCCUCUUUCCGUUCCAUCGCAAAUCUGCGAGACUUCCGGUUCAUCCUGCA